AUGGAAGUCAUAGAACAUGACAGGGUAAUUAGUGUUAAAGAAGCUGUUGUCAUGUUUCUAUGGAUAGUAACACACAAUCAACGAGUUAGGACUGUGGCCGAAAGAUAUCAACAUUCGGUAGAAACUGUUUGUCGUCAGUUUGGCAGAGUGCUAGAUGCAUUGUGUUAUUUAGGAAAUGAAGUAAUAAGACCUCUUCACUUUAAUACUGUGCAAGCAGAAAUUCAAAAUAAUUUGAAGUAUUUCCCAUGGUUUAAGGAUUGUGUUGGAGAUAUUGAUGGUACUCAUGUAAGUGCAGUUGCACCAGCUCUAAAACAACUUGCAUAUAGAGGAAGAAAAGUAGAUGUAACACAAAAUGUAAUGGCUGCAUGCUCCUUUAAUAUGAUGUUUACUUAUGUCUACACUGGAUGGGAAGGAACAGCCAAUGACUCUCGAGUGCUUCUUGAUGCAAUUAGAAAAGACGAUAACUUUCCCAUGCCACCACCAGGUAAAUACUAUGUUGUUGAUUCUGGCUAUCCAAAUAUGCCUGGGUUUCUAGCACCAUAUCGUGGUGAACGUUAUCACUUGCGUCGCUUUAGAGGAAGAGGGAACCAUCCUAGAGGUGCAAUGGAGUUAUUCAAUUACAGGCACUCAUCAUUGCGCAAUGUGAUUGAACGUUGUUUUGGACUUCUUAAAGCCUGA